GCGAGCCCAGGGUGUCAGAGGCAGGGGCAGAAGAAACAAAGUUCCCGGGGCUUCUCCGAGGCCGCUGUCCCGGUCGUCAGUUCGGCCUCCCCCUCCUCGCCGAGGCAAUGGCUUCUAAACUCCUGCGUGCGGUCAUCCUUGGGCCGCCGGGCUCAGGCAAGGGCACCGUCUGCCAGAGGAUAGCCCAGAACUUUGGCCUCCAGCAUCUCUCCAGCGGCCACUUCUUGCGGGAGAACAUCAAGGCCGACACGGAAGUUGGUGAUAUGGCAAAGCAAUACAUAGAGAAAGGCCUUUUGGUUCCUGAUCAUGUGAUCACACGCCUCAUGCUGUCGGAGCUGGAGAACAGGCGCGGCGAGCACUGGCUACUUGAUGGUUUUCCUCGAACAUUAGUUCAGGCUGAAGCCUUGGACAGAAUAUGUGACCUGGAUCUAGUGAUCACUUUGAAUAUUCCAUUUGAAACACUCAAAGAUCGUCUCAGCCGACGUUGGAUUCACCCUCCCAGUGGAAGGGUAUAUAACCUGGACUUCAACCCACCUCAUGUACAUGGGAUUGAUGAUGUCACUGGUGAACCAUUGGUCCAGCAGGAGGAUGACAAGCCUGAAGCAGUUGCUGCCAGACUAAGACAGUACAAGGAUGUGGCAAAGUCAGUCAUCGAGUUGUACAAGAGCCGAGGAGUGCUCCACCAAUUUUCGGGAACCGAGACUAACAAAAUCUGGCCCUAUGUUUACACACUUUUCUCGAACAAGAUCACACCUGUUCAGUCCAAAGAAGCCUACUGAGCCUGCGCAGUGGAAGAACCGGGAAGAUAUGGUCAUUCAUUCAAUUGUGUGUGUAGUAUUGGUGCCAUGUCCCAGUUAGCAGCUAGCCGAGAUAGCUUGCAGUGUCUUUUCUAGUUUAAAUGGUGAACAGACAUGAAAACUAAUGAAUAGAAUGAGUUAAUGAUGAGGCUCUUCUCUGCCUUUCUA